AUCACCCUCACCUGUCCAACCCACCAUGAAUCUUCACAGGAUGCUGUGUGUGGUGGUUUUCGCCAGUGUAGCAGUGUGGUCACAGCCUCAGCGGGCCCGCCAGUCCCCUAUCUCCAUGGGAAUGCGUCUUCUGGGCAACUUGCGGCAUGGAAUGACAAGGACCAUCCAGGACAUAUUCGGCGUGGGAGGUGGGAGGGGCAAGGAGACCCCCAGCGAGCGGCCACCCUUCAGACAGCAGCAGCAAUAUCAGGAACUCAACCUCCUUCUUCCUGCAAUAGAGAAACCCAACAUAGCAACAACUGCACCGCCUUCGUCAUUCUUCACAGUGAUUCACGAGCCUGAGGUAUCCACUGCUUUCCCAGACAUCCGGGGAUUCACAGACGAAAGCUUUAAGCCCAACAUCUUUCUGACAGGAGCCACUCCCUUCCAAGGGACCGUAGAUGAGGACCAACUUCCCUUAAUAUCCUCACACUCCGAGGGAAAUGCCCACCCGUUGCCUCUGGCACAGAACCAUCUGCCUUCCCCUCCACAGGAUAGCUUUCCCCCACACGGUCUCUCCAGCACCGGGUUCUCCACCUUCGGAAGCCCAAAACCUGAAGACGUUCCUUCAGAGUCUUCCAUACCAUUUGGAAACACAGCAACGUUCAGUUUGGGGAGUACUUUCAAGAAUAGCCGCUCUCAAAAGGUCUUUCUCCAUUCCAGCCAGUCACUCCAUAUCCCCGAGACUGCAGAGAGCAGGGAGAUCUUGGGUCCUGCACCUCAUAACCCCGAUGCUCACACCAACUCUCAAUCCUUCAUCGGAACCAGCGUUCCCUCACAGCCAUUUAUCAAAACAACCAUUCCUUCUCACUUAGAUCUUCGCGCCAACCCCCCUGCCUUCACCAGACGUAAUCAGCCCUUUCAACAUCCCGAAGUUCACACUAAACCUCAGCCGUUCACUCGGACCAGCCAACCCUCCCAGACGUCAUCACAAGGAGUGACUUUGUCGGACCAUCACCCGACCAUCAUCAUAAGGUCUCAGUCACCAUCACCGACUCAUUUCCCCACCCAAAGCUUCACUGAGCACCAACGAGGGUCCACUACACAGUUCGAGCGAAGACUCACCACUCCUGCUGUCCGCCCUGUGACUCGCGAGUUUAUCAGAGAUCGUCUGCAGAUCAGCAAGAAACCAGUAGUGCCAGUUAAGAUUGGCCACGGACACAUCAACACCGGCACCAAGAUGCGUGUCACUCCCCGAGAAAACGAAGAUGGGAGUGAGGGUGUUGAGGUGAGCAGCUACGAGUUCGGGUAUGGGGUACUGGACAGCGACACGGGCAACCAAUUCUUCCAUGCAGAGAAGAGGGAGCAAGGACAGACGAAGGGCUCCUACAAGAUCCAGUUGCCGGACGGUCGAGUACAGACCGUCACUUACGUUGCCAAUAGUCGCGGUUUCCACCCAAAGGUCACAUUCGACGGCGAGGCGCGCUACCCCGACACAACGUCAACCACUCCUACAUAAUAUUAGCUCUAUGUCGAGCUCUUUCACCACCUCAACAAUGGCUGCCUGACGUUUACAUGUCGUCGACACAGUAAGAGGCCAUGACAACCACAACAGACGGAGACUUACCCAAACUGAAGACCCUCAGAUGAAACCAUACCGUUGUGAGCGUUGACUUUCCUGCAGAGAAUUCAGUAGGUCGGGGCCUCAUAGAGGAUGUUCUACGUGCUCCUGUAGAACACAUAGCACAUGAUGACUGGCUUUAUAUCUGGUUGGCUUGGAUUAUAUAAGAAAUUAUUGGCCAAUUUUGUAAAUAUAUGCUUUCGUAAACUAUAUUAAGUUGUCCUUUCGCAGGCGAUAGGACGGUGUUUAAUUUGUCUUUGUUUUAUAAUAAAUAUUGUGAAUAAAA